AUGCAAUUAUGGGGUAAAUGCAAUAAUUUAAACAUUUGAAACUCGAUCAGUAAAUUGGUACGUGGUGAAAAAAUGUUGCCUGGGGUGUUUUAUGCGUUGGUGGCGGGGUUUCUCGCAGCUUUAGCAUCGUCUUCUGCAAAGUUGUCCCUGGGUGCUGAUUAUCUGAAAGAGUUCCAUAUACCCCUGCGGCAGCUUUGUGGUGGUCUUCUGUUCACCUGUAAUGCUGUGAUGUGCACAUUCUUCGCCAAAGCCCUCCGGCACUCGUCCUCCUCUGCCCAGGCCACUGUAACCACCACUGCCUCAAACUUUAUUUCCCCCGCAUUCCUUGGAUAUGUGAUCUUUGGAGAAACACGUCACAUUAUGGUGGAUUGGUAUCAUUUUGACCUUAACUGGACUUCUUGUUUUGCAUGGAUUAACUUCUCUGACUACUCAGGAAAAUGUGGCUAAGAAAGAUUCAUGACAGAACAAACAUAGGGAGCAAAUUAUAGACCAAAAGAUUAAUGCAACAAUGUCUUAUCCAGGGAUCAAGGCAAAUAGUGUGGAAAAAAAAGAACUCCAAACUGACUUAAUUAUUCUGAAAAUAAUUAUAUAUGCAGAACUGUAUGAUAGAAUUAUCAGUGCUAAAUAUAUACUUAUUUCCAAUCAGGGAUUGUUUUUAAACAAUUUCUUCCAGUAUAUCAUGAUAAGGUGGAUAAUGAUACAACACAAAUGUUAAUGUAAAGCUUAUAAAUGUGACUCACUUUGUGCUUACAUUCAUGCAAGGUCAUAUUUAAAGCAUGCACAUCCAAAAUACAGUUAAUGCAGGUGCUCAAUUAGAAUGAAAGAUCACAAAAAUAUUAGCAUGCUUUUGCUUCCAAAAAACACUUACAAUAUUUGUCACACCGCAUAAGUAUUUUUGGAAGCAACAGUCAUGUAAUGCACUAGCAUUCAGUUACUGUAUACUUCAGCAAUUAAGGGCUGUACUAAUCAUUUAAGUACUGUACUGGCCAGAGUUGAAUAUUAUUUGUACUCUUGGUUAUAACUUUGAACUGAAAAGUGUUUAUGGUACAUAUGUUUUUAUUUAUUUAUUUUUUUUAUUAUUAUUAAAAAAAUUUUUUUGACAAAGUACUGGGAAGUUUACUGAUUGGAAAAGCCUAGUCCUAGUUAAUCUCUUUAAUCUCUGAAGCUGGAUUUCAUCUCUAGAUACAUACUCUCUCCAUUUGUAUUUUUAAUCUCAGGUCUUACAAAGUACAAUCAACUUCCACUCUUACUUAACCAGUGUUUUAUGCAGAAUCAAUUUUUGUUUUCAGGCACUACACUGGUUUUUUGAUUUCUUUUCAUAAUUAUAUUAAAUAAUACUUGGAUGUUAAUACAUAAUCCAGUGACAUUACUGGCAUCCUUGUUGAGAAUUGUCUUGCUAUUAAUUUAUUUGAAAUGAUGGUUAAUAAAA